AUGGCUGCUCAAUUUACAGACGAAAAUAUCAAGGAGCUGAAGUUCCGCCUCGAAGAUGCGGCGAUCAAGUGCUCCGAACGAUGUCUCUACCAAUCAGCCAAAUGGGCUGCAGAGAUGCUCGAUUCGCUCGUCCCCGUUGACCAAUAUGAUACAGACCCCGACUCGCCCAUGGACCUCCCCGAUGCUCCGCCGACUCCGCAGAAUCCCUACCUCCGAACCCAAGAUCCCUUAGAAGCUGCGCUCGAGGCGCAGGAGUCUUACAAAUUUCUCCUUGCGAAGUCAUACUUCGACACCCGCGAAUACGACCGCUGUGCGGCGGUCUUCCUACCCCCGACUAUAUCUCCCAUCCCUCUCGCGACGGCGUCGCCGAACCCGAAACAUCGACAGUCGUUGACUCCGCAAAAAGGUAAAUCUAAGGCGUCUCCGUUCUCCGGGUCAAAAGAACACGGUGUGACCAGGAAUCCAUACCCCAGGCUCAGCCAGAAAUCUCUCUUCCUGGCCUUGUAUGCCAAAUACCUGGCAGGCGAGAAGCGCAAGGAUGAGGAGACGGAGAUGGUACUGGGUCCUGCUGAUAGCGGCUCCACGGUCAAUCGAGAAUUGCCAGAUCUGGCUCGAGGGCUAGAAGGCUGGUUCGCCGAGCGACGGGAGAAGGGGCUGGAAAGUAGGAAUCAGGGCUGGUUGGAAUACCUGUACGCCGUGAUACUCCUCAAGGGACGGAACGAGGAUGAGGCCAAAAAAUGGUUGAUUCGAAGCGUGCACUUAAACCCAUUCCACUGGGGCUCAUGGCAGGAACUGAAUGACCUACUGGCCAGCACGGAAGACCUGAAACAAGUCGUCGAUCUUCUCCCACAGAACAUCAUGACCCUCAUUUUCCAUGUCUACUGCAGCCAGGAACUAUAUCAAGCCACCGAUGAUACUUAUCAGGCUCUCUCCGAGCUGGAGACAAUCUUCCCCACAAGCGCGUUUCUCAAGACGCAGAGAGCGCUCCUCUACUACCACUCGAAAGAUUUCGAAGCAGCAUCACAUAUAUUCACAGACAUACUCAUCACCUCACCCCACCGUCUCGACAGUCUAGACCACUAUUCAAACAUUCUCUAUGUGAUGGGCGAGCGCCCACAGCUAGCCUUCGUUGCGCAAGUCGCAACAGCGACCGACAAGUUCCGUCCCGAGACCUGCUGCGUAGUAGGAAACUAUUACUCCCUCAAAUCCGAGCACGAGAAAGCAGUGAUGUACUUCCGCCGCGCCCUGACCCUCGACCGAAAUUUUCUGUCUGCAUGGACCCUGAUGGGCCACGAAUACAUCGAGAUGAAAAACACACACGCCGCGAUCGAAUCCUACCGCCGAGCCGUGGAUGUGAACCGUAAAGACUACCGAGCCUGGUACGGAUUAGGCCAAGCGUACGAAGUCCUCGACAUGUCGUUUUAUGCUCUGUUCUACUACCAGCGCGCCGCCGCUCUGCGUCCCUAUGACCCCAAGAUGUGGCAAGCUGUGGGAUCGUGCUAUGCGAAGAUGGGUCGCAUCGAACAGAGCAUCAAGGCUCUGAAACGGGCCCUUGUUGCUGGCUCAUACUACGCGGAGGAUGUCUCCCAGGUCAGCGGCAUGGGCGGUGGCCCCGCACGCAAGAUCCUCGACCCCGAAACCCUUCACCAGAUCGCCACCCUCUAUGAACGCCUGGGCGACGAGGAGGAAGCCGCCACGUAUAUGGAACUCACCCUGCGGCAGGAGUCAGGGCAGGUGGUCCAGGACGAGGAAGACGCCUCUUCCGACAACGAGAACGACGAUGAUCAAUCCGGGACCGAUGUCCCGUCGAGCUCGCGACGCGCGCGCAAAUCGUCGACCAGGGACGAAGAAGAGGAGGAUACCUGGCACGGCACGGGAGUCACUGCGACCACGUCCAAGGCGCGGCUAUGGCUCGCCCGGUGGGCGCUUCGGGGCGGCGACUUGGAUCGCGCAGAUCAGUUGGCGGGCGAGUUGUGUCAGGAUGGCGUGGAGGUUGAGGAGGCGAAGGCUUUGAUGAGGGAUGUUCGUGCUAGAAGGGAGGGCGGUUGA